CUCCAACCAAUUAUCCGAGCAGGCCUUCUUGAAGACGUUUGUGAGUCGUUUGUGGGCUGGGAAAGCACGAUGUCGGGCAUCCUGAGCACGACGUUAAGAGGGCUCGACAGUGACUCGUACUGCGACUUAACCUUGUACCGGGACCAGAAGUUUCAGGGCACCAACAAAAUCCAGGAGAAGGCUCUGAAGACUUCUAGCACACUUUAUGUGGGCAAUUUGUCCUUCCACACCACAGAGGAGCAAAUCCAUGAGCUUUUUUCUAAGUGUGGGGAUGUCAAGCGCAUCAUCAUGGGGCUUGACAAUGUGAAGAAAACCCCCUGUGGUUUCUGCUUUGUGGAUUACUACACUAGAGCAGAAGCUGAGCAUUGUAUGCGGUACAUUAAUGGAACCCGGCUGGAUGGCCGCAUCAUUCGGACAGACUGGGAUGCUGGGUUCAAAGAAGGACGGCAGUUUGGUCGUGGGAAGACAGGUGGCCAGGUGCGUGAUGAAUAUCGGACAGACUAUGAUGUGGGCAGAGGUGGCUUUGGUAAGAUUGCUCAGAUGCAGAAGCCGAAUCAACAGACAGUGAUGUAGUAGCAUCUUCUUGGAUUGAGGGCAAGAGUGGGAGAAGAGGAAGACAGGUUUGUUCCAGGACUGAUGUGGGUGGGCCAUUCAUGAUGGCAGAACUAUCCCUGGACUCAAGUGGAAACAACAUGAUGGUUUGACAACAUUCUUGGCAAUAUGCUGCUCUAUCUGCCCUUUAGGGCUUCUCGCCCUGGUUAACACGGAACCAAGGAAUCCCGAUGUUGUCAGAAUCUCUGUCUGAGCUGGAUUAUGACAGAAGACACCAUGGUCUAUGGAAUUUGACUGGGUCUUUGCUCUUCUUGCUUUACCUUUGUAGUAACUCUGGUGCCCUAGUUUUUCUCUGUCUCGAAUCCUUUAUUUUAUUCUUUUUUAAAAAUUCCAAAAUAAGUGGGUUUUGUAACUCAUGCUGUAGUCUGAAAUAAGAUGGCUGGUAAAGUGAAUAAAGAAGGAUCCUUAUCUCA